AUGCGCCUCGCGCGCGCGGGCAUUCGCAGAGCUGCCGCGGAGCCUGGGGCUGGGAGGGCGUGGCGCUGGGGGCACGCUCAGCUGCAUCCCCGCUGGUCGGCCUUGGGGCGCGGUGCCGCUGGCGGAGCAGGCUCUGGGCUUGGAGCGGCUGUGGCCAGCGCUGCUGGCAAAGGGAGGAUGUGGAGCCCAGGUGGGGUCGCCUCUCUCAGGCUUCGCCCCGUGCUCUCUGCGCCCAGGUUGCGGACCACCAAGGAAAUUCCGGUUAUUACCAUUGAUGGUGACAGUGACGACGAUGACAUCGACAUCGUUGUUGUAGAGGAUUCUGACACACAAGAUGCUGAUGACGAAUCUACUGUCGAACCAAAUAAUCAAGGUAACCAAGGGGCAUUGCAAAGGAACCAUGAAUCAAAUUUUGAAACAAAUCACCCCGAGUCAGAGAAUGAGGAGUUUUGCCCAUUGAAUCAAAAGAGCCGAGCUACACUAGCAGAAGAUUGCAUGGCCUUGCAAGAACUUAUUGAUAAGACGAGUAGAGAUGUUAAAAACCUUGGUGGACUUGUCUCAGAAAUGAACCGGACUUUGAGUGAACAAUUGUUACCAAAAGAUAAUAAUUGUCGCCUUUCAUUACCAGUACAAAGGCAAAGAAAUCAUGGUCAUACCAACCUUGUAGGAACAUCUCUCCAAGCAGCAGCACACUGUGAAGAGCAGCCAAUUCUCGAGGAGCAAGAACCAGUCUUCGGAAUGGAGGAGGAGCACCAGAUGGAGCAGGAACUAGUUCCCAAGAUGGAGGAAUCAGUCCCAAUUGUGGAGGACCCUGUUCUCAGGGAGCAGCCACAGCCUCUACUCCUCUUGGUAGAGGAGCCAGUUCUCAUUGAGGGAGAGGCAGUUCUCAGAGAGCAGGAAGAGAUCCAUAGGAAGAGUCCACCUCUUCCCCAAAUCAUAUUCACACGUUUACUGAAGCCCUAUCUUCCAUCAGAAAUUGAAGAUAACAACCUGGAAAACAGUCUUUGGGGAACAAAUUACUCAACUAUUCACAGUGACCAGGCUGCUGCCUCAUCGUGUUUCAUCAUUCCCAAUGCUGGUGAUUUUGAAAUGAUACCUAUUAAUGAAAAACUGCAAGGCGUUUCAGGAAGAGUGAACAACAGUUCUGAAACAGUGAAUCACUCUACUUCACUGGGAAAUGAGAAUGAGAGAGGCCCAUUUAUUCCACUUUCAUGUAGCUACAGUUCAUCCUAUAAUGAACUUGAACCUAUAGAAAUAUUGAUAAGCAAGAAUACUAAAAAGAAAAAUGACUCUGAAGCAACGAAUAACUCAGUUUUACUAGAAGAUAACUGGGGCCGUGGUUCUUCCUCAUCAGCUGCUGGACUCUUUAUGUGUUUUAGUUAUCUUGGUGAUCCAGAAAGAAAUGUCAGGAUGUUUGAUAAUCAGUUGGUGACAGCACAAAGGAAGAACAGCCCUUCGUGUGCAGCCCGAUACUUGGUUUCUAAUCUGUUUUCUAAGGAAGAGUUAAUGUCCAGCUCAGUGGACAUCAAUUCCGAAGACCACCAACCCCUGGAUCCAAAUAAACUGGCUGCGAUACGAGAAUUUCUGAUAAUGCAUUUUCCCAACUAUGACUUAAGUGAAUAUGGAGAAGACUGGCAAAACUGUAUUUCAGAUAUUAGAGUUAUGAUCCAACAUUUAUGUUAUGAAGCCAGAAAACUUAAGAAAUGUGAUGACAGAAUGGAGGGCCCUCUCAACCUUGGUAGUCCAGAAAGAAAUGAAGGGUUUAUCAACUGUGAUGAAGAUACUAGCAACCUGGUUGAAGACCCUGUCAACCUGGAUGAAGACCAUGAUAGACCAGAGGAUGCAGAUCCCGAUGACCAGGAGGAUGGAAUUGGAAGCAUUCCUCAGUCAACAACUUCCUUGGAAACCCGCGAAAAUGAAGAUGCUCUUCCCACAGAAUAUGAGGAUGCUGACCAGAACAAUAAUGACAUCGUGGAAGAAGUUGUGGAAAUUGAAGCUGAUGAAGUGAGAGAUUUUGAAGUCACAGGAUUUGUUGGUUGUCCUUGUAGAGGUAUAAAACUGCCACAGUCAGUACUUGAUGUGGCAAGAAGAAAGACUCGCCCAGAUCUGUCAGCCAGAUACCUCAUUCGCAUCCUGUUCCCAGAGGAAGACCUGCUGUGGUGUAAUGUCUAUGGCUGUAUUAACUUUGGCUUGUUUGCCCUCGACCCCAACCGGAUUAGUGCUAUCCGAGAGUUUCUCCAGGAAACCUUUCCGACUUUUGAACUCGAGGAAUCCGGAUAUGACUGGAAAGAGUGUGUCAAAGCUAUGAAUUCCUGUAUCCGCAAUAUUAGAUACCACAUCAAGAAGACCGCAUGGGGCUUACAGCCACUUCCAGACACUGAUUCUUCCGAAGAUUCUGACGUAACUGAUUGAAGUAAUUUAGUAUGUUAUGUCCCUGCUUCUAAAAAAUCCUGAUUGCAUUAUUCUGCAAGUAUCUAAAGUUAUAAUUCCAAAAUUAGCUUGUUAGGAAGAUGUAUAAUAUUUCAUCACAGGAGUAGAGUGAUGGGACAGUACUUUAAACAUGUGUUUGUUUUCAUUGCUGUUUGAAUGGAGAGUGGCACAUUUAACUCAGAGACAGGGCACCAGUUUAUCUAUGAAGCAAAUCAAGGUGAUCAGGUGAGGAGCCAUAGUAUCAGAGGGGAGGAAGAGUGAUGUGGGCGGAGUAACUUGCAUACUGAAUACAUAGAGUAGACACUUUAAGUGUUUGUCACUUAAAUCAUAAACUCUGCUGCUUCCUAGGAGAGAUAUGGUUUACAUAUCAUCAAAACCUCCAGGUCGGCUUAGUUAUACAUCCACCAAUAAAGGAACCGUAGGAUUGGCAUCACAUGGUUUGAGCUAAGCUUUCGAGAGAACUAUUCUUUUGAUUUACUCCUGAGGAGAACAGUAUUCUUUGAUAAUAUUUUAUCAUGGAGGUAUGCACAUCACCAAAGGAAUUACUUCAGUAGACAGGUUCUACUGAAUUCAUUUAAAUUUAAAAAUAGUUCAUUAUAAGUAAUAGGAAUCUGUAGAUACAAGGGUUAUUGUGAGUUUCUAAAACAUUUUAAAGUUUUACCUUGUUUUUCUGAUAGUCGUAACUAGUUGUAUAUAAAUAAGUACUUAAAAAUUUACAUGAAAAUGAUGAGAAAUUUAUUUUUAAGAAAGUAGCCUUAAAGAUCAGGCAGGUUUAGCUGAAACUUGAAAAAGUAGCUCCAUUUGGCUUAUAGGCACUUACUUACUAGAAAGCUCUUGAAUGUCUCAGAUGUAGAAAAUCUUGCUUGUGUUUAAGAAAUAUUUUGCUGUUUGACUCUUUCAAUCUCUUAAAUAUAUUCAAUUGCAUUCAUUUAUAGCAUCCUUAAUUAUUGUUCAAAAAGUCAUUACCACUGUUUGUGAGAGUUCAGAGUUUAAUUAUGGCGAUAAGCUGGAGACCCAUGACUGAAAUCACUUCUUACUGUUAUUGUCACUCACUCGCCAUUAAGUCAUGUCCGAGUCAUAGAAAGUAGUAUCAAACAAUAUUGUUUGUGUGAAAAUUGACAAGCUGUAGUAUUUUUUUUGACUCAUGAGAGGACUUGUUAUUUCUGUGACCAACUUGUAGAACAAAUGCAUAUGAUAAAUAUUUUGAAAAUUUAAGUUUUAGAGUAUUGGUAAAAUAGUCUAGUUUUAUAAAAAUAAGAUAUAGAAGAUCUGUAUUAAAAUUGUGUUCUCUAACUGAUUACCUGGUUUUAUAAAAAUAAGAUAGAGAAGAUUUAUUGUAAAAGUGUUCACUGAAUCAUUUUCUGUAUUAGCCGACUUUAGCUUAAUAAAAUGGCAGUGUUUCUCUGUA